UUUCAAACGCGACGGUUCACAUCGCGAUCAAAAACUCUUAAAAUUAUGAGUUGGCGCUGCGCGAAGAAUUCGAAAUAUUCAAUCGUAGAAUUUCGCAAAGGUUUUUAAAUCAAAGCGCGUCGUCUUUUGUUGUUCGUGCAAUAACUGCAAUCAAAGUUAAUUGGAAAAGUAACGGAAAUCUGGCCGUUGUACUUAAAUCCGGUGCCUGUGUCUCCACCGUCGACUCGUGGUCAAAACGAAAGCACCGUCAUCGUGAGAAAGAGAGAGAGAGUAAAAAAUCGUACAAACAAAGACAAUUUCGUGGGUGUUUCGUGUGAAAAACUGGCGCCAAAAUCCACUAUAAAAGGGUUAAUAAAAAUUUAUAAAUAACCGGCAAAAAUCGGAAAAACUAAAACAGAAUGAGUGCCAACCGAAGGAGACGAAGCAGUUUUUACUGCGCGCCAUCACAGGAGAAAGAAAAACUCGGUGCAACAGCUGCAAUUUCAAUUCCGCCAUCCAAAGAGCAACUUUCUCUGCCGGCUGAUGAGGAUUUACUGGAAAUGCCUCGUAUUUGCCGCUGCUGCUGCAAACGGGAUUUGGAAUUACUCGGCUUAUUUGAGGCCAGCCAACCGACUUUGGCCAACACAUCAGAAGCAGGAGCAGGAGCGUCCGCACUAUCAGCAUCAAACAAAUCAUCAGUAACAACGGCUAAAACAUGUGCGACAGAAACUCCAGAGACACUGUCUGCAAAUCCAGUAAAUCCCGGGGAUAUGGCUACAUCAUCUUCAGCAGCAACAUCGUCCGCAUUUCUGACCACACCCUCUCCCAUGAGGCGUCGCACCACUGUUGCCACCACAUCCACAUCCACAUCCACACCCACAGCUACAGCCACAGCUCCUCGUGGGCGAAGCAGCGAUAAUGCCGUCGACUACACCCUCAGCGGGGCCCACAGCAGCAUGGACAUUGUCCUCGAGGAGAUGACCAUUUGGAUGCUCAAUAUAAAUCGCGACGAUGGACUGCCGCAAGGAAUCUGCCGGCAGUGCAUGGCCCAGUUUUUGAUGGUGGCCAAGUUCCGGCGGAAAUGUGUACGGAUGCAGCAGCGCCUGCAGGACUUUGCCCAGGAGAUAUCCGACCGUCAGGCGGCCAGACAAGCCAAGCGUCAGCAAAAAGUGCAAAAGGAGCGUCAGAGUAGGGAGGCCGGCGCCCAGAAGGAUCCCGUAAAUUUGCCAGAAGGACAUACGGACCGAAAACGUCGCAUGGUGUCGGAAUCAGACGGCGAUUCAGCAGCAGUGGCAGUGAAACAGGUACGAACGGAAUCGAAGGAUUUGCCGCCGCCAAAUUCAAGUCGCCUACAACUCCGUCCGCGUAAGUUUCGGACCCUUUCCAUCGGCUGUGAAAUGGAUCGUCCCGCGUCCAUCGAUGCCAGCAGCAUGCCCUGGAAGACGAAGGCUGCCCGCAAGCAGCUGUCUGAGACAUGGGCGUCCAGUUGCUCCCCGGAGCUCUCUUCGCCCAAUCGUGGACGCUCCAGCACCAGCAGCAGUGAACAUAUGAGCGACCUGUCCGUGGGUCCCUGCUGUGGCUUCGAGAGCGACAGCAACCCCUCCUCCACUUCUACUCCAGCACAAAUGAAGGCCGCCGGUAAGGUGGAGUCGCCGAAGGCAUUGCCGGUAAACGAUUUGUUGCCGCGAAGGGGUCGACGUCCAAGGAAUUCUCCUAUUUACAUGCCGGCCAAAAGGCAGAGGCGAUCAGUGGUCAAGAAAGAGCAGCCGAACAAACGGAAGGUUGGAGGUGAAGCAGUCACCGGAGAGAAUACAAAGUCUGAUCAAAUUUUUCCGCCGGAACCAAAGGUGGAUAACCGUGUCCCAUCCUGCGAUGAGGCAAUCGGCAGCAGUUCAGAUGUGCCAAAGGAAACAGCUUCGAGUGUAGUCGUCGCAGAAGUCGCCAAUGAAAUGAGUUCAAAUGAUGUUGGCAAUGAGAUGGUACCCUGUGAAAAGCCGAAUAAAAUCUCAUCGAAUGGCUUGACCGGUAAUUGCAACGAGGUAAACGCCAUAGAAGUGGAGUCGGAUAGUGACAAAAUAACACCCAAUGACGUGGAGGAAAAUAUGUCCGACAAAGUGGGAGAAGAACAGCCAAAAACCGAAACAGUGGAGUACACAAAUGGCACCACUAAUGGGGAAACAUCUGAUUUAGAGCUACCGGAGGAGUCUAAAACAGAUAGUGAAGACGAAGAAACUAUUCUUCAAGAAAAUUCUUCUAAUGAUCUUUCCAUUGAAAAAGAAAUAAAGUUAAAUGAUAAUAAGGCUGAAGGUGAUCCUCUGCAGUCCAGGGAACUUACCUCGUCCACAGAACCCAGUGAGCCGCAACUCGCAACUGUUGACCAGCUAAAAACUGUGGAGCACCAGGAAUCCGUUGGGCAACUGGAAGCGAAGGAUGAUGUUGAGCAACAAAACACCGUGGAACAGCCGGAGUCGGUUGAACAACCAGAAACUGUGGACCAACCGGACUCUGUUGAGCAACCGGAGAUCAUAGUGAGCAUACCGCUGGAGGUGCUCAACGAGGAUCUGCAGCGCCGCCUGUGGGUGGAUCCAGACACCGAGGAGGCGCAAAACUGCGAGACUGCGACGCCCAAAGAGCUGCCCGUGCAGUCCGAUGAUGUAAACAACAAUGAAAGCGAUGAAAAUUUUUGCCAGAGUGCUACAGCAGAUAGCUUCAAUUCUGCUGUGGCACUCCGAAUCAAUAAAAUUGAAGCCACACCAACGGGGGGAACAGAAUGCAGCGCGGGAAAGGAUGCAGAAGGAGAAACUACAAGCGGAGCAGAAUCCUCGGUGGAUGAAACGGACACGGAAGAGGUGCCGAUAGUGCGAUCUGGACCCACGCCCAUGGACUUUAUGGCCGAGUUUACCAAGCACUGUGAAAACGGCAUUGAGCAGCUUAAGGUCACCACCCCGGCGGCAUCGCCCACGCCCUCGGAUCUGCCACUGUCGCCCCUAAACGAUCUGGAGGCCAAGCAGAAGCUGGAGGUGGAGAUGAACGACGUGGAGACCACUCUCAAUGGCAUCCUUAACGAGAUGCAGGACCAGCACAUGUAUACCCCGAAUUGUACCCACAUUGAUGAGUUCCUCACUCCCGCCGACUAUGCUACGCUGACCGAACAAGAAACGUCCGUCUCAUCGCCGCCCAAUCCUUUCGAACAGAGUCCAGUUGCUGAACCGGAGCCAAAACCCUCUGCCACCGAUGAUCCCUUUGAUAAUAGCAACUUCAGCAACGAACUUAUUGGCUUUCAGAACGAUAUUCCCUGCUUUGAGAACAUUGAAACCAGUACGGAACAGGGACAGACUUUGCAUUUAGAACUUACUCAGUUUUUGAGGGAACUACAGCCGUCCCAGGAGGUUCAGCCGCAAGAGGAGCAAAGCGGUAAUACCCAAGUGGAGACGCAGGCGAUCGAACCAAUGGAUGUCCAAGCCGAAACCCAAGUGCAGGUUAAAAAUGAAUCAGAAGAUCUCUCUCCGAAUGAGUCACGCAUGCAAACUCCCAUAUCAUCACCUCAAGUUCAACAACAAAUGGAGGUUCAGAUGGAACCCGUGACUCAGAUGCAACACGAAAUUCUGUCGGUGCAGAUUCCACAAAAUCAGCCUCAAGUGCAAUCUCAUGACCAAUCUCAGAUGCAACAUCAAAUCCCACCGCAAGUGCAGCCACAGAUUCAACCCCAAAACCAAGAGCAUCAAACUAUACAGAUCCUACCGCAAGUCCAGAGUCAAGGGCAUCCCCAUCUGCAACUCCAGUCGCAGGUGGUUCCACAUGUCCAGACGCAAGGCACGACGACAACGGUCACCUACGAACAGAUCUAUCAGCAGCACAUUGUCCAGCAGACGGUGCAGCAAUCCUCCAACAAGAUGCAGGUCAUCUCGCUGCCUUCGGCUGGAUCCGAAACGCGACAAUGGCAGCAGUCACAGCAGUCGCAGCAGCAGCAACAGCUCCAGUGGUCCUCGGUGGGCGGACUGGAGGCCAUUAAGAGUACCCCCGUUGAGAACGUUGCACCCACAACGACCACGUACUACAUCAGUGCCAGCGAUCUGUAUCCGCAGCAGACCACUGAAACGUACACCAUGCUGGAGCCAGCAUCCAAUGAAAGCUAUGUGAUAGAGCAGGUUAAUCACCAGCAGCACCAUCACCAGCAGCAGAUUCAGCAUGCCCAGCAGCAACAUCAGCAAGCGCAGCAGCAACCGAUUAUGAUACUAAUCCAGCAGCAAGAGGUGCAGCCGGUGGCCUCGGCCAGCAAUCCACAGCAACCUCCGUUACACAUCUACGGUGCUCCCAUCAGAAAUGAUUUGCAUCGCCAGAACAUCCAAAGCCAACAGGUGCGACGCCAAUAUCAGCGGCCGCAGUAUCAGCAACAGCAACCGCAGCUUCAGCAGCAGCAGCAGCAGAACCGCCUCGUUCAAAGCCAUCCAGUAUUGGGAAUGCCGGGAGCAACUUCCAUAUCCACCAAAGUGACUCCCAUUCCCGUCACAACACCAAAGGGUCGGGCGCUGACGCUCAAAUGCCGCUUCUGUCAGAACGGACCGCGCUUUUCCAGCAGCCUGGAGUACAGCCGGCACAUUAUCGAUCUGCAUCCGGCGGUGGCGCCUUUCAACUGUCCACACUGCCCGUUAGCGUUUGCCGGCCGGACCAAGCGUUCGCAGCACAUUCUCAGCCAUCAUGUGGUGCAGCAGUACCAAUGUGGCCAGUGCACGCAAGUGUUCCCAGCCCAGAAGGCUUUGGACAUGCACAUCCAGCGCUCCCACAUGACAUUGCAGACGGGUGAAGCUGUGAAAGUGGAGGAGGUUCAGCUGCAAAUAGCGAACGAACGGAAGCCUAGGCAAUAUAGGCCACGGCUGCAACAUCAACAGCAGCAAUUGCAACCACAGUUGCAGCAGCAACAACAGUUGCAGCAGCAACAACUAGAGCAGCAGCAACAACAACAACAACAGCAGCAGCAGCAACAACUACAGCAGCAGCAACAACAACUACAGCAGCAGCAGCAGCAGCAAAAACUGCAGCAACAACCAGUGCAACAGCAACAGCAAGUGCAGCAACUCCAUCAACCGCAACAGCAGCAGCAACAUGUGCUGCAAACGCAACAGCCACAACAGCAACAACCGUUAAUGCAGCCGCAGUCAGCCCAUCCAUCAACAAUGGAAAUCCAAGCCAGCACAACAACUCCACGAAAGAUUCUCUGCUGCCCGGAUUGCGAAGACUGCACAUCCGGUCACAGCCAUGGCAACGGACAGUUUGAGGAGCUCCCGACACUGCAGGCUCCGCCAACGGUGCUCACUCCGCCCUCGACAAUCGUCUCGGUUCCAUCGCCCCAACCCAUGAUGUACUCUCAGCACAUAACAAUGCCCUCGCCGGAACAAUCUGAGCCAGAUUCCACGACCACGUUGCGACAGUUCCGCAAGCGUGGCGUCAUCGUUGGGCCACAGGGUCCGCUGCAUUUGGCCACACCAGCGCCCUCGCCAUCACCAUCGUCGUCGCCUUCCUCGUCGACUGUUGAUCAUGCGCCGCCAGCUUCACCGGCUCCGCCCGCUUCCCCAGCUCCGCCUCCUUCGCCCGCUCCCGCGGGGCAGGUGAGCGAGCUGCGGACGGCCCACCAGUGUCUGUACUGCGAGGAGCGAUUCACCAAUGAAAUCUCCCUGAAGAAACACCAUCAGCUGGCCCAUGGAGCCCAGACUACGAUGCCGUUCGUGUGCUCAAUCUGCAAGCGAGGCUAUCGCAUGCGAACGGCUUUGCAUCGGCACAUGGAGUCCCACGAUGUGGAGGGCAGACCGUACGAGUGCAACAUUUGUCGCGUGCGAUUCCCGCGACCCUCGCAGCUCACACUGCACAAGAUCACGGUGCACCUGCUUUCGAAACCGCACACCUGCGACGAGUGCGGCAAACAGUUUGGGACGGAGAGUGCUCUGAAGACGCACAUUAAGUUUCACGGUGCGCACAUGAACACGCAUUUGCCACUGGGCGUAUUUCUUAACGAGGAAGCCGCAUCAAAGUCACCCAGCAACAACAAUAGCAACACAACCAGCGAUAAGCUGGAAAAUCCGCCCACGCCCAUCGAAGAGACACCAUUGACGCCGAUGAGCAGCGGUGGACACGUGUACAACAGCCCAGAUGAAUACCCCAAUUCGGUGGAAAGCUGUGCUGGCAACAGCCUGGCUCUGGAAUCAGUUUCCACAACGCCAUAACCCAGGAGACCGGAUUAUUAUUUAGUUUACAACGCUUUAGUUAUAAGUAAUUACGAGCAACCUAGCCAAAUAACAACGGCGCCUUCCUAUACUAUUGCCACGUUCGUUGGUGAAUAGUUUCAAUUCUUCCCAUUGGAGCCAACCAAUAUAUAAUUCUUAAUGGACAAGAACCAGCAGACUGCAUUGAAUGCAAUCCAAUAUUGCACUUAAAAUACCUAGCAACUAAGCCAAGGAUACACUCCCUCAGACACAAAUCUUAAGGCUAAACAUAAUUAGACAAUAAGAUAGUUAGAAUCUAGACAUUCAUACAAUGAAACCAAUUAAAACAAAUAAACAAAGGUUACCUUUAGACCAUUAACAUAUACAAUGCUAAUUUCCGUUUCCAGUUAGACAUAUUUUUUGAAGAGCAAUUAAUGAAAAUGUGAACAAAAUAGUUCGAUAGCGACUAAGAACCUAGCAUUAAAAAAUGUACCAACAGCACUAAAACUUAUAGUUAUUACAAUUUUGGUAUAGAAUACAAUUGAGUCGUGAAAAUCAGCUCAAAUCGUUUUUAGUUCCAUUAUGUUAUAAGAUGUUUCAUUGAAAUGAAACCAGGCAGUUGAAUAGCCUAUACAAAUAUUUUUCUUUUAUUUAUAAAUUAUGUAAUAAACAAAUUAUGCUCUGUACGAUCCAACGAUAACAAA